AUGGUUGAUACUAGUGCUAAAAAUCCACUGCUAAAUCAGAAUAAGAAUUUCUUGGAGUUGUGUUUUGCUUGUAGGAUAGGCGAUGUUGAGAAUGCAGAUCGAUUAAUUUCUACUGGAGUUAAUGUCAACGGUGUAGAUGAGUUUGACAAUUCGCCAUUAUUUUUAGCCAGCUUAUGUGGUCAUGAAGAUGUUGUAAAUUUGUUACUACGAAGAGGUUCUGUUUGCGAUAGAGAUAGAUACGAAGGUGCUAGAUGCAUUUAUGGUGCCUUGACUGAUUCCAUUCGUAACAUUUUACUAAAAUACGAUAUAUCUAAGGCAGUUGAUGUCAAGCAACCGUUUGCCUCGCACCUUUCAUCGUUAAUGAAUGAUGAUAUUGUUAAUAAUUUUGACUUCCAGUUCACUUUUGAUGACGAUCUGCAAAUUCCUGCUCAUAAGUUUAUACUGGCGGCACGAUCAAGUUAUUUCAGGCAGAAAUUCAGUGGUCCAUGGGCAACAUUGAAAUCCAAGAGAAUGCCUACCGGAUCAGAUAUAGAGGCGUUCCGUUCAAUAUUGAAGUUCAUUUAUUUAGUACCUGUCUUACAUGAAUUAAAGCAAGACCAAUUAAAACAUAUCCACCUCCUAUCUAUGAAGUCGGGAUUUCCGGAUCUCCUAUCGUACCUUGAUAAAACCAUGCACGUAUCUGACCCAUCAGAGAGGGCAAGCUUGAUGAAUGAGUACCAGUAUAAAUUCAACACUGAUGCCCGAGACCAAUUAGAAGCUUAUGUCAAUGAAAACAUAUUUAACAAUGGGAUACUACUUACUAGUGGAGAGGUUAAGGAUAGACAUUUAAAAACCCUGAGAGAUCUACCACCAUUUGGUGACUUGGUCUUAAAAGUUACCACAAGUGAGGGACAAGAUUAUUUUUAUAUGUGUCAUAAAUCUAUCUUGGUGAGAUCCAAUUUCUUCAAAUUGAUGUUUUCCUCAUCUUUCCAAGAAGCCACUUCAGAGGUUCCAAUUGUUUCGUUAUCGGUGGUUAAUUUAUCUGUGGCCGAAGUUGUUCUUUCCUAUUUAUAUUAUGAUUCAACAGAUAUACCCUGGGAGAUUGCCAUUGAUGUAUUACGAACCAGCGAUUUCAUUUUAACGGAUAGAUUGAAAACGAUGGCAGCGGUGACCAUAACCCAGAGUAAGGAAUUUUUAACAAAAUAUUCAAUCUUCGACGUCCUCGAUGUAGCCUGGAGCUGCUCUGUGGAACGGUUAGAGCACCAUGCUGCAAAAGUAAUUGCUUACGACAUCGAAAACUAUAUAAAUGAUUCACUUUUAUCGGACGCCAUUAUUCAAAGUUCAAAAAGGAUCAAAAGUCGUCAAGAUACAGAUACUGUUGAAUUAGUAGAUGAUAUCAGAUUCUACUUAUUGGAAAAGUAUGAUUUACAAGCGGACAUUUUGGAGUUAUUGGACACUGAAGACGAUAUAGAUUUCUUGAAGAAGUCUGGCCUUUUAGAAUAUAAAAAGGAUAUAGAUUUGCUUGAAAGUCUAUUAAUUGAACUCGGGUUUGACAUUUGA